UCUCAAUAGAUCAUCUAAUGCACUCUGUUCAACUUUUACGAGGUCUGAACAUUUUCCCUCCCACUCCAGCGUCGGAUAUGAGGCUUAGGUCUAAGCCGUCGUCUACUGUUUCCGUGUAUCGUUUUAUAAUUGCUCAUAUUGAUUUUAGCUGGAGAAUUGACGAUCCUACCAUGGAAACGUGAGGAGGGAGCACAGAGCACGGUCUGCUUUCCUUAGAAUUGUCGAUCCUACCAUGACCGCCAGCGAGGCACCACAUCAGCAGCAGGGCCACAGAUGGCCGAGGCCGUUAAUUCCCAUGCACACGCCACACGCCACUCGCGGCUCGAGCCUCUCUCUAGGCGACAUCCACGCAGUCGUUCUCCCCGCCCUGACUGUCGUCCUGGACGUCGCAUGCACGUCCGAUCGCUACGCCCAGGUAGCUGCCGAGUGUCGCACGGCCAUGCGAUGCCUCUCUGCCUCCGGUGCGACGAGUUUCCACGAAGCGCUUGCCGGUACUACGACUGCCACCACCGCCACGCCUGUAACUGUUGGUAUUGGUAGAGCGGCGGGUGAAGCGGCAGGUGAAGCGGCGGGCGACGAUGCUACGACUCGUACUGGGACAAGCAGCACGGAGGGCUUUGCCACGCCGUCGAUCCUCUCGAGGAGAUCGACGGCAGCAACAGUCGCCACCGCCGCUUUUGGUGCUGCCGUAGAUGUUGCUGGCGGUGCUGGUGUAGUAGGAGGAGUUGUUGUAGAUUCGGGGAGCCGGUGCGGUGCGGUUGCUGGCGGUGCAGCCAGUUCUGGUCCAGAUUCAGGCUUUCACUCGGGGGAUUCGGCGCGCAGCGGAGCCGAUGCUACGAUGGAGUCUCCUGACGAGAAGGCCAUCGCUAGACGGCUCGACUUCGAGGAGCAGGGGGACGAGGAGGGGGACGAAGCGGAAGAGGUGCAAGAGGGGGGAGAGGGGGAAGCGGGGGAAGAUGGAGAGGAGGAGGAGGAGGUGGUGGAGGGGAAAGAGGGGGAGCAAGCGGAGAAGGAAGAGGUGGCGGACGAAGAUGGGGAUCAGGCGAAAGAGGUGGAAGAAAAAGCACAGUUACAAGCGCAGUCACGCGCGCAGUCACACGCGCAGUCACACGCGCAAGCUACAGGGAGCUCUAGAGCAGCGUCGCCUUGUACCAAGGGCGGUAGAUGCGGUGCUUGCAGCAGGCGCGGAGGGGGAAGGGGAAGGGCAAGGGCGGUAAUUGACACGUCCUGUCUCGUUGAAAGCUCGUGGGGCGAAAUUCCUCAAUUCGAGGCGGAAACGCUGCUGCGCCCGCUGCUCUCCGCUUGCAGUGCCGCCGCCGCCGCCGCCGCCGCCGCCGCCGCUGCCGGGGGAGAUUGGUCCGCCCCUGAACCUACCGCUGCUGUCGCUGCCGCUGCUGAUUCUGAUUCUGCGCCAGCUGCCGCAGUGCUCAGCGCGAAGCACGUCAUGACUCUUGGCGCAAAAACAAGCGCGGACUGCUCGACGCGGCGGGGCAAAGCGGACGCUGUGCGCGCGGGGAGCAUGAUGGCGGAGGCCGCGCUGGAGUGCUUCCAGGAGCUGCUGAUGCGCGGGGCGAUCAGGGGAUGCCUCGGGGAUGGGGGUUGCGCGUGUGUCGGGGGGGAAACCGACGGGGGAGCGACAGGAGUGACAGGCAAGGAAAGUGCGAUGGUCUUUACUGGUACGGUCGAGGAAUGCAGAGUCAACAUGAACAGUAGCAGCAGCAAAAGCAAAAUCAAAAGCAAGAGAAGGCGCAGCAGCAGCGGUGGCGUGGCAUGGCGAAUUCUCGAUGUCGUUUGCCUCUGUGCUGGGCUACCUGCCAUUGUCCAACCUGCCUGCUCUCCCUCCUCCGCACGCCCAGAACGCACUUCCACACCUCGGGCAUCAGGUUUGCAUGUACCGAGUGUGCUACAAUCGAGCACCGCCCCUGCUGCUGCGCCUGCUGCUGCGGCCCCUACAGCUGCCCCUACAACCGCCCCUGCUGCUGCCUCUGCAGCAUCUGCCAUUCCUGCGCUGCAGUAUCAGGUGGUCCGUACUCUCCUCUCCUUCGCCUGCGCGCCCUCCCUUCGCCUCCACGGCCCCAUCCUCCUCUCUCUCUUCCACCGCCUCUUCUCCCUAAGACUCUCACCUCUACCCCUCCCACUCCCACUCACCCCCGCUCCGACGCCCCUGCACCUGCACCCGCACCCCCUCCCCCCUGCCUCUCGUAUGCGCGCCCCUUCUUCCUCGCCUGGUGGCAAGUGUUUGGUCAGCCAGACUUCCCGCAUGGCCUUUGGGGCUGCGCCCGCGCCCGCGCCCGCGCCCGCGUCUCUUGCCUCCAGAAGAGAGGUUAUGGCACUGGUGAGGGGGGAGAGGAAGGAGCAGAGACAGAGAGAGGCGGUGACUCGGAGAGAGGGGGGUGCAGGGAACGAUCGUUUCAGUAGCCGCGUCAGCAGCAUGAGCAGUCUCAGCAGUAUCGGCAGUGUGGGCAGUAUUAGCAGUGUGAGCGGUAUUAGCGGUAGUGGCAGCACCAGAUGGGGCAGCACUGCAAGCAGCGGCAACACCAGCAGCACUGGCAGCAGCAGCAGCAGGGGCAGUGGGCGUGGCGGCGGCAGCAGUGGUUGGAGUGGGCGCAUGAAGGGGAUAAGGAGAGGGCGUGCUGCAGAGACAGAAGAUGGUGGUGACGUUGAGACACAGGAGAAGGGGAGAGAAACAGGAGCAGCAGCAGCAGCUGCUGCAGCAGCAGGAGGAGGAGCAGGGGGGGAAGGAGGAGCAUCAGCAGAGGCGAAGCAGAGGAGCAGAGAGUCAGCGGUAGCAGCAGCAGCAGGCAGGGCCAACGGCAGGCUGAGAGCACUCGCCAAAGCCGCCCUGGCGCACAUGCUGACAGGCACUCUCAUGGGAAAGUCUUUGAACGAGCAGAACGAGCCGAGCCCCAGCAAGCAGAGCGAGCAGGGCGAGCAGGGCGCAGCACGAGCUACAGAUGACGCUCUCAGAAGCUGUGAUAGGUUUUUGAAAAUUCCCAGAAGCCCUUCAGGGAUGGACGUGGACGCUUCUUCUUUCAGUGCACGCCCCCCCUCGCUCCUGAGUGCUGCUCCGCUGUGGGACAAGGGCGGGGGCGAGGAGGAGCUGGAGGAAAGUGACUGGCUCUGGGUGCAGCAGCAGCUGGCGCUGGCGCUGGGGCAGCAAGGGGGGAGGGUGGGAAGGAGAGAGGGGAGAGAUUGCGCUGAGGGUGGUGGGAGGUUGGGAAAGGGAGUGGAAGAGGAGGGAGUGAGAGGAGGGAGUGGGGAGGGGGGUGUGGUGGGAGGCACAGGAGAAGGUGGUGAGUGGGGGUGUGGCGGUGUGUGGAUAGCCCGUGUGGGUAACCUGGAUAGGGUGGAUGCACGGUUCAUGCUUGCACAGGCGGGGAUAAGGGGAGGGGUAAAUAGACGAGUGGAUGUGGAUAGGGAGGCAGAGUGUGCGGUGCAGGCGAGUGAAGGGGACAUACGGUGUGGCAGCAGCAGCAGCAGCAGCAGCAGCAGCUAUGGGCAGUGCAAGCCUCCGCUGCCGCCGUCUAUCCAGGAGAGGGAGGAAGAACUGCUGGCGCAGAGGCCACUGCAGCAAGAGCAGCAGCAGCAGGGCUGGAACCAGCAGCAGCAGCACCAGCAGCACGGUUGGAACCAGCAGCAGCAGCAGCAGCAGAGGCGUCCAAAUGUCGCGGCGUGCAGCAAUGUCGGUUUCAUACCUUGUGUGUCUCCGCCUCUUUCCUCGUACUCCUCUCCUUCCCUCUCGCCCAUCCCAGAACCGCCUGUUGCAACAACCUCACUUACACCAGCAGCAGCAGCGGCAGCCGCCGCACAUAUCCCAUGCAUGGCAUCAGCACCACCGGGGCUACUCUUGCUUGGGCGUGAUAAUGCGGAGGACAUAGACUCAGAACCCUGCUGCUCCUUGCCCUCGGUUGCCAGCACCAGUAGCCUUGCCGACAGCAGCAGCGGAAUGAGCAGCAGUAACAGCGUCAGCAGCAUCAGCGGUAUCAGCAGCAUUAAUGGUAGGCAUUUGCAGAGGUGCAACAGCAGCAGCAGCAGCAGCAGCAGUAGUGGCAUGAGCAGCCAUGCCAGCAGCAGCAGCAGCGGCAGCAGUAGCUGUAGUAGCGUUGUGGAUGCUCAGACUGAUGUUUCACACUCUGCUGCUGCUGCUGCUGCUGCUGCUGGUGCUCCUGCUGGUGCUGCUUCUGCUUCUGCUUCCGCUGCUGCUGCUGCCGCUGCUGCUGGUGUCGCAUGGGACAGCCGGGGGGAUAACUGUGGUCCCAUGUGCUCCUGCAAUGCUCUGUUGCUGCUGGACGAGCUGUGCCGUCUCGUCGUGCAUGGCAGCACAGGGUAUGGGCACGGGCACGGACACAGGCGGAGAGGGCAUAGCAGGGUAGAGCGUGGCGAGAGGGAGAGUCAAGGGAGGGAGCAGGGGAGGAGCGGCGGCAAGGAGAGUCGGGCAGGGAGAAGCGGGAAAGGAAGGAAAGCGGGAGAUGUGGAGGGGGGGGAAAGGGCGGAUAUGGUGGGGACGGAAGGUGGAGAGAGAGGGUUGAGUGGGGAGGCGAUGGGGGCAGAGGAGGGAGUGGGUGAGGUAGACGGAUGUGAGAAGGGGUGUGGCGCAUGGGGGUGUGAGGAGGAGGAGGAGGAGGAGGAGGAGGAGGAGGAAGAGGAGGAGGAGGAGGAGCAGGAGGAGUGUGUGGAGGAGGGGUGUGCGGAGGAGGAGCAUGGAGGGGAGGCGGAAGUUGGUGUGGCAGCGUUGGAGUUGCUGUGUUGGGUGGUGGAGACCGCUGCACCUCAACUCGCCUCACACCCUCGGCUUGUCAACCGUCUCAAGCAGCACUCCCUUUGCCUCGCCCUCAUCAGCAACGUCAACGCAGCCAUCGCCCCGUCCACUCUCCCUACCACUGCCAUCCCCACUCUCUCCUUCGUCCACUCCACAUCCUCCCCCUCUUUCCCUUCACCCACCACCCCCACCACCCCCACCACCCCCACCACCCCCACCCCACCGCCCCCACCACCACUACCACCACCCAGCUCUGCCACCUCUCCCUCUCCCUCCUCCUCCGCCUCCUCUCUCUCCUUCGCGCCCCCCUCCACUCGCACAUCGCCCCUCUCCUAUCCCACAUGCUGCUCAAGCCUCUCCAGGGCCGUGCACUCCCUCUAUCAGCAAAAGCGCCCUUCCUCUCCGCCCUGCGCCUGCUGCUGGGCCACCCCCAGCUGUGCCUCGAUCUCUUCCUCAACCACGACUGCUGCCCGGGAGGGGAGGACCUCAUGCUGCCGUGAGGCCAUAAGUGCUCUAGCGGACAUUGCUUCCGCCCCUCUCGCCCCAGACGCACACCACUGCUCCCAGCAGCAGCACAAGCACCACCGAAAGCAUCAACCGCAUCAUCCCAAGCAACAGCAGUUCCAUUCUCCCACAUCCCUGUUUCCAGCCCUCGGCUUGAAAGCCCAAUCACCCGCCUACUCUCCCUAUACAUCUGCCUCUGCAUGUGCCUCUGCAUCUGCCUCUGUGUCUCCCUACACGCCAACCUGUCAGUAUGGCAGCAGCACUGGCGCCACCCCUGGGCCCCACAGCAGCAGCAGCAGCAGCAGCAGCAGUUCAGGCUCCACCUUCCCAUGCUCGCACUCCCUCUCUCGCUGCCGCUCCUGCUCCUCCCUCCGCUCUUCCCCCUCCUCCCCAUGCCUCUCCCCUUCCCCGUCCAUCUCCCAAUCCACACACCCCUCCCCAUCCCCGUCCCUCUCCCAUCACCCCUCACUUCCCAUCACCCCGUCCCUUGCCGCCAAUUUCACGAGCCCAUCACAUGAGGCUCUUCGUAUGGCCGCCCUUGCUGCCCUUGCCUCGCUGCUGCGAUCCCUGGCUGCCUGGGCAAGGUCGAAGCAAGAGGAGGGGGGAGGUUUGGAAGGGAUGGAGGGGGGAGAGACGGGAAUUAGGGAGAGGGAGGAAGAGAGGGGCGAGAGAGAUACCGCUGGUAAUGGUGGUGCGGGUGCUGGCGGUGGUGGUGGUGGUGCUGCUGCUACUGCAUGUGGUGGUGGUGAUGGCAGUGAUGGUGCCAAUGGUGCCUAUGGUGCUGGCUGGUCGUGGCAGCAUCUGUGUGAGCAGGUGUCACUGAAGGUCCAGUACCACGCAGCAAUUCACCGCUUCAACGCCCAUCCUCACCCCUCCUCCCUCUCCUCCCUCUCCUCCAUCCACCACCUCUCAAACCACCACUCCCCCUCCCCCUCCUCCUCCCCCUCCCCCUGCGCCUCUUGCCCCGCCUCUUCGCCCCCCUCCUCCUCCUCCACAUCCCUCUCGCCGCGUUACAUCGCUGUCUUCCUCCGCACAGCUCCUGCGCUUUGCCGCACGGCCAUCGGCAGCUACCUGGGCGACAGAGGCCCGCACGCUGCUGCUGUGCUCUCGGCGUUCAUGGCCUCCUUCGACCUCCGGGGUCUAGAGCUGGACGAGGCGAUCCGCGUGGUGCUGCAGUGGUUCCGGCUGCCAGGCGAGGCGCAGAAGAUCGAGCGCGUGAUGGAGGCGCUGGCAGUGCACUACUGCCGCUGCAACCCGGGCGCGCUCAGCUGCGCCGCCACGGCGCACGUGCUCGCCUACUCCAUCGUCAUGCUCAACACCGACGCUCAUAGCCCCUGCGUCAAGAAGAAGAUGACAGAAGCCGAGUUCAUCCGCAACAACAGAGGCAUCGACAAUGGCGGCGACCUUCCUCCCUCCCUCCUCUCCGCCCUCUACCGCCGCAUCACCCUCAAUGAGAUCCGCAUGCACCACCUCCCGCCUCCCUCCUCCUCCACCUCGCCGUCCUCCCGUCAUCCUGCCCCCUCCCCUUCGCUCUCUUCUCCGCCCGGCCCUCCUCCUCCUUCCCACUCUUGGGCCCCAUUCUUCUCCCCCUCUCCCUCCGUCUUCUCCUCCUUCCCGCCCUCCUCUCCAGCAUCCUCUCCUCUCCCUACCACCUCCCAUUUCUCCCGCUCUCGCUCCCUUCCCCCCCGCACCAUGCACGGGCAUCCAGACUCCGAGCCGCAUGCAGGGCCGAGUGGGCGGAGGUGGAAGGGGCUGGGUGUGAGCAGGAGCGUGCGGAUUACACUGCCUGAGAGCAAGUCCUCUGGUGGAAGUGGUGAGGGGAGGGAAGGAUCAGGGCAUUCGGGGAUUGAAAAGCAGCUGGGCACACGAGUCGGUGCACGGCAGCAUAUGAAGCAGCACUACCAUCGCUCUUCCUCUCGUAACAAGCUGGGGCAUGAGAAGCAGCAGCAGCAGCAGCAGCAGCAGCAGCACCAGCAGCGGGAGCUGCAGGAGGAGUGUUGGUUGCAGCAGCAGCAGCUUCUGCAGAGCAUUGAGAGGGAGCAACGACUUAUGCUGAGGGAGCAGGUUCGGGCCAGCACGCAACAAUCCCGGCCUCCCUUUAUCACCGCUUCAAGUCCCCUAAUCGCCCGUGCCUUGCUUCUCCUCCUCACCCCCCACCUCACACGCGCUCUUCUCACUCUCUCCUCCCCGUCUCACCUGUCCUAUUCCUCCACACUCUCUCCGACCCUCCCACCCACUCCCACUCCCCUGCAUGCAAGCACCCCCUCCCACACACUCAUAACGCCCCACAUGACCCCUCCACCCCCGCACGCUCUCCCCUCUUCUAAAGCCUCACCUGGAGGCCUUUUUCCGACCCUCAUUCGCUCCCAGUCCUAUCUCUCCCCCUCCCUCCCCCCUUCCUUACUCGCUCGUUCCCUAACUCUCCCCCCCCCAUCCGCCUCAUCCCCCUUCACGCCCUUAAAUCCUGAUUUGCUGCCCUGGGCUCUGGAGGUCCUGGCUGCGGCAGCAACAGCAGCAUCUGCGGUGGGUUGUGAUGGGUUGACUCGAGGGUUUCUGCGGUUCCAUGCGGUUCUGCGUCUCGUCCAUGGGGCUCCCUCGGAUGCUGCCGCCGCCGCCGCUGCUGCUGCUGCUGCUGCUGCUGCUCCUAGUGCUGGUGACAAGGGUGGUGGGAAUUCUGAUGCUUCAGCUGCGUCUGGUGAUGGUGGUGUUGGUGCUGCUGGCAAUUCUGGUGCUGCUGGUAGCGAUGCUGCUGUGGAUGUACCUGUGUAUUCUGCAGCUGAAGCAGCAGCACUCGUGGCAGCGGCAGCAGCAGCUGUGGCUGCGGCAGAGGAGCAGGCAGCGGCUGAGAUGCGAGAGAUGAUGGCCCUGGCAUGCUCAGCAGUGACUCAAGGGGCAACAGCAGGAGGAGCAGCAGGAGGGGGGGUUGGGGACGGAGGAACGAAGCGAGCUGGUGAUGUGAUGGGCAUAGUGGGCGAUGGGGAGACGACACGUGCUGGAUUUACCCAUAAGGGCCGUACCUGGGUGGGCGUCCCAUCGGCCCCCCACCAGCAGGCAGCCCCCCCAGAUACAGCAGCAGCAGCAGCAGGGGUAGCAGUGCCUCCUCUCACAACUGCCACAGUGCCCCCCUCACCCAUUACCAUUCCCACCAUCCACCAUGCCACCUCCACCAGCAGCAUACCGACAACCCCUGCCACUACAAAUCCAAUCACCACGCCACAAGGAGCAUAUGCAACCUCCCCUGGUCCUCCCUCCCCUGGUUCCACCUUCACCAGCAGCACCGUCAAUGUCCCCACCAGCUCGCCCUCUGCUUUCCCCAGCCCCUUCUGCUCGGAUUCCCUCUUCAACCUAUGGCAGUGCUCGCUCUUCUCCUUGUGCGUUGUUGGCACUGCUCAAUAGCAGGGAGGGAAGGGCCCUUUCAACACUCCAACUCGUGCCGUGCUCGGGGGUUGCUGCUGGUGUUGGUAUGCGCUGCUGCCGUGCCAACCGCCAUGUGUCCGGGGACUUCAUUGCCAGUCUACAUUAGUGGGGGGGCAGCUGAAGUGGGAGGUUGGAAAGAGGUCUCAAAUGUUACUAAUGAAAUAGAAUGGAUAACAGCCCCCAAUGACCGGCUGUUUGGAAUAAUGGAGCCGAAUGGAGUUCCGUUUUAUUGCGGGAAACUGUUUGCCAGUUGACAGCGGCGCAAUGGAACCAACUCACGAAUAUAAUGCAUUACAUUAA